CCCUGCCGCCGCGCGCGGCCACACCUGCAUUAAACGGGGGAAGUCCGUCGGUGCGGCGGGUGAAGGCAGGCAGGCGACUAGCGAGACGAGAGCCGACGGAGGCAGCGAGACCCGCAGCUCCAGACGCUGCUGUGGCGAGGAUCGGAACCUCCUGAUCCAUAAAAAAGAAAAAGGCACUGAAGCUGUCCUGUGACAUUGUGUUCAGCCGUGGGACUUUACGCAGCCCACAGAUGGCUGAAAAUUAAAAAAGAAGAGAAAAGAAAAAAAAAAAAAAAAACGGACCUGCACGGUGCAGAAGAGAAGACGCCAGACUGACGAACCAAGCGCACAGGUUUUCCUUUGUGAUCCCUGACAGAGCGAGGGCAGUGACACUGACUCGGCCAUUGUCUCGGCUCUUUUUUCCGCACAGAGUGAGGCUCCCCGAGCUCCUCGCCUGUCCAUUGUGUCGGAAGGGGAGAAAAAAAAAAAAGAAAAAUCCAGCUUGUCUGCAUAAAGACCUAUUCAGCAUCCUUUCUCUUGGCCGGCAACAACAGAGCCCACUAAGAACAGCAGUAUCCUUAGCUCCAAGCAAUUCCCUUCAUCCUCAGCCCCUUCUUCUCAAACCGCUUUUACACCUGUACCUCCCCCUCAGCCUCUUUCCAGUUCCCAGCCUUAUCCCCCAUUUGAAGUCCCACAUGACAGCUCAGAAACAUCCGUUAGCCUCCCACUCCACUCGCGCCUGCUCUCCUCUCCCUCCAGCCCCCGUGGCACUUGGCACCAGUGCCGAUCACAUAGACAGAUGGAGCCAACCCUGACCCCUCUCCUCGCCCAUGGGGACACUAAGAGAUUCAGCGCCUGACUGGAGGAGAGGGGCGGGGGCUGGAGUCGGUGCGAGCGCAAAAGAAAAGUAACAGGAAGAGCAGCAGGGAGAGUAUCGCACUGUCACCACGGCAACACAUCACUCAAUCUCAGAAGACUCGUCACCCAGCGGGAAAUUCAGCAGCUAGAGGAGAAGGGCCUCAUGUUUUCCCCUCGGCGUGUUUCCACUUUGGGCGUUUGACAGAAAAAUCUUGUUCCAGCUUUUUUUCCGGGCGAGGUGUCAUCAAAAUACCUGACAAGGAGUCCAAGGACACUGAAGGAAAACCCCAAUUCCUUCACAUACAGAUUCUGAACGCUAACUUUGGAUCGAAGUUAGCACCAGGAUUUCAAAUGGAUUAAAAGGGUGGUGUCAAGAGGCAAGACAUAACUGUUCCACGAGCUCGUUACGCCUGAGAAGACCAGGAGGAGGAAAUCUUGUGGGACCUCACGCCGCCUUGGGUGCACCUUUGUCUCCUGUAACCUGUGACAUCCUGCAACUCACUUGCCUGGAAAUUAACUUUGUACAGCAGCGUAAUCAGCUUCAUUUUUUUCCCCCGAUGCCAAACUUUGCCUGUUUUUCCCCCCUCAAUGCUGGUUGCUGUUCUUCUUCAACGUUCUCCGCUGAUAAUCAGGACCCCGAUUGGCACGUGACGCCAGACAGCCGAUUUUAAAAGAACCACGCAUCAACAAUAAAAUGAGGUACUGAUAGGCGGCGAAAUGAAUCCAGCUGGCCAACGUAACAGAGGAGGGAAUACCAGGAUCCCAAAGCUUCCCAGGUGACUGCCGCCGUGGAGGGACAAGCUAAAAAUUCUGCUGCUGCCGCCGCCGUCGCUCGGAUUCUUUGCUUUGAAUAUUGAUGCAGUAAAGGACAAUUUGUAUCCAGUGGCAGUGAGCUGUAAAGAUUUUCAUUCACACAGAGGCAACAGACCUUAGCUGACUUUCUGGGACCUUUCUGUACACACCGGCGCAGAUAAAAUCCAUUUACUCUGGGCUUAGGUCUUGUCUUCGAGAAAUCCAAUAAGGACAAAGGUUAUCGGUGGAUUCUGCUUUUCUUCGUGGCGCUGUCAUCCAUAUUCAGCAGGCUGGGACUGGCAGCAGGAUGCCUGAGCUGGACAACUUUCCCCCUCUGAAUGGAAACAGAGGCUCGGAUCUGGACCUGAACGGUCCAGCAGACCCGGUCCAGAUUCAGCACAGCAUCCUGGAGGAGCAGGUGGAGCUGUGGUGGUUCAGAGAUCCCGGGAAGUCUGUGCUCUGCUACUGCGUCGCCGUGCUUCUAAUCCUGGGCUGUGGACUCGGCGGCGUGGGCCUGCUCUCCACCACCACCAGCGUGUCGAGCGAAUGGAGGCUGGGCGCCGGCACGGCCCUGUGCCUGCUGGCCCUGGGGGUCCUGCUAAAGCAGCUGCUCAGCUCGGCCGUGCAGGACAUGAACUGCGUCCGGAGCCGCCACCAGAUAGACAUGCUGAAGAGCGGGGGCUUGUCGGACAUCUUGGUGGUGUUAAUCACGGGGCUGGCACUGUUGAUCUGCGGAGGGGUUCUCCUGCAUUUGGCCCUGGUCCACCACAUGCCGAAGCCAGGCCAGGCUCUCAAUGACAUGUACAUCUCUGGAGUGGUUCUGCUGGCGGGAGGAGGGGUGGCCGUCGUGGGUGUGGGGAUAUACGCCGUGGUGGCCGUCCUGCUCGAGAGGACGAGGCACGGACGGAGACUCGUGGACCGAGUUCUGAACGUGUUUACCGUGUCAGGACACAUGGACCGCCACGGUCGCCGAGAGACCGCCUCCAGCUUGGCCAACCUCAUAUGAGCGCCGACCGCAGUGAAGCUGCGCGGCGUGGCUCCUGUUUCUAUUCUGUUUAAUAUUUGAUUGGGGCAAAAUUCAAGCUUGAAAGACUUACCUGAAGAAAAAAAAAGAAAAAAAAAAGAUUUAUACCUCACAUAAAUUAAAUGUGCAUGACAAACUUCAUGAAUUUGGAAGGUUUACAUGAGGGCCAUGUUAUAUGAUCUGACACAGCCGGGGGAAAAAACAAGUACUGAAGUUAGCACAAUAAUGACAAGAAUAAGAAUAAUACAGCAACAAUUAGUUGUUUUCUACAUUGUAUACAUGACACAUAACCAUUUUUAUUGCUCUAAAAUCCUGUUAUGUGUCACCUAAGAUUGCCAACAUUAUGUUCUGCUUAUUACUUUCUUCAAAAUCAGAGGUUUACAUAGAACAAUAUGCCUUAAAACAAUCUCAAGCCCCGCCAAUGAUGCCAUCGCUUUUCCAUAUUUGAGUUAAAGUGAGACACAUGCAUGUAUUUUAAUGCAACGCCUUGUGUGACAUCUUGGGAAAAUCAAAAUAAAGCUCUCAAAAUAUCGAGAAGAGAAACGUGGACGUGUGACAAGAGACUGAGCAGGCAGGACUCAAAUGACAACUUAGACAGUUUCCAAAGAUUCAGUGGUUUAAUGACAGUUCAAAGGUCAGUACACAGGGAAUCAGUCAAGGGGGCAGAGGUAUCCAAAAACACUGGGCUGAGGCAGAGUCGAAGCACAAAACAGGUCAAAAAGUCACUAGAGGUUAGAAAGCUUACCAGUGAAUGCAUGUAAACCUCUGAAUUUGAAGAAAGUGAUAAAAAAGUACUCUCUCAAGGAAGCUUUUGCUGUGAAGGGCAUCAAAGUAUAAGGAGGGCAUUUUUUUAUGAAAGUAUGAAUGUCAUUUCAAUUCAUUCUGAAUGUUCAGCGACAAUAUGGGUAAAUUAUACAGGUCGGCACUCUGUUGCUAUGUUGAACACUGGUUAAAUGCGUUUUAAUAAACAUCCUAAAAUUA